ACCCAGCACAGUAAAGUAAUUUCAUUCUAACUUGAAACAGUGCAUUUUACGAGGAGAGUUUAACAUCACGCCGCUCUUCAAUAAAACUUUAUGGCAAACCUAUUGCAAGUUCUUUACUUACACCAAUCCCUGUACAAAAUACGAGAGUCAGAAGAGUAAAAAAAUAUAUCUCUACAGUAGCCCAGGACGGCACACGCCUAGAUAAAAAGAAUAGAGUUAAUACUUAAGUUUAAGGUGAUUUGUUUAUGCUUUAUGUCUCACAGAUGAGAUCCGCAAGCCGCUUUAGCCUUUGUCUUGAUGAAAACCGACCGCCGAUAUCUACUUGUGAGCGCGCAGUCACUUUGAUAAAAGCCGCCGCUGAGAUUAGACGCUAUAGUUGUAAACAAGCGACUUUCGGCUAUAUAACUUCAAAACAAGUCGAGAUUGUUUAAACCGCAUUUUUUGUAUUUCUAUUUUUAUUUCGGCUUUUUAUUUAUCAAAAGCGCCGACUCGAGUAUUUUUAAGAAUGUUCGAGAUCGAGGCUAGGACUAUAAAAGCGACGACCGCGCUUCGACACUCGAGUCAGUCGACGAUUAGCGUUCGGAGCGAUAAGUUUUUUUGUUCUACUGCUGUAUUCUGAUUGUAUCAGUUUUGUACAUAUCUUCUUUGGACUAAACUCUUCUACUCAGAAACGAUCGUGCGUUAAUUUGACCCCACCACCCUGACAAGUAAUUAUUAAUAAAGAAGAAUGUAACGUUGGCUUAAAGGCGUUAAACGUUUUGCAACAACAUCUUCUAACGAAGCCGAAUGUUCAAAAGCAGUACGCGCGGAGUGUAUAGCAAUUAUCGAUGAUAAUGAUGCAACGACGUCAAGUUCCACGGUUUCAAAGGCGAAGAAGUAUGAUGAAUCAUAUAUUAGUUUCGGAUUUGUUGAUUCCAACGGCUCACCUCUCUGCAUGUUAUGUAGUAAACUGCUUUCUAAUAGUUCCAUGGCACCUGCCAAGUUGCGCCGACAUUUAGAAACUGUACACCCCGAGUCUAAAGACAAGAAUAGAGAAUUUUUUGUACGUAAAAAAAACAAUUAUUGGAAAGUCAAAAAACUAUGAUGCAAGUAACCCAAACUAUCAAUGAAAAGGUCACAAAGGCAUCAUAUUUAGUUAGCUAUCGCAUUGCACAAGAAGGUGAAGCGCACACUAUCGCUGAGAUUUUAAUAAAACCAUGUGUGUUAGACAUAACAAAAUGUAUGCUCGAUGAAAAAUCUGCAAAGCAUCUUUCUACUGUGUCACUAUCAAACGAUACUGUUUCACGUCGAAUUCAUGAUCUGGCAAGCUACGUCAAACAAGAGCUAGUUACUCGUCUACAAAAAACACGAUUCGUCUUGCAAAUGGAUGAGUCUACUGAUGUCGCUGAUCUGGCUAUAUUGCUGGUUAUCGUGAGAUAUCCAUAUGAAAGUUCUUUUGAAGAAGACAUGCUUAUGUGUUCACCGUUGCCUACAAACACUACCGGAGAAGAAAUUUUUACUAAAAUAAAUAUAUUUUUUGAAGAAAAUAAUCUCAGUUGGAACGAUUGCAUUGACAUUUGUACAGAUGGGGCCAAGGCGAUGACGGGUAAAACAGCAGGAGUCGUGUCACGAAUACAAAAAAAAGCACCUAAUUGUGGUUCCAGUCAUUGUCUCCUGCAUAGACAAACACUAGCAAUGAAGCAAAUGCCGUCAAACCUAAAAUUAGUAAUGGAUGAAGCGGUGAAAAUUAUUAAUUUUAUCAAAUCACGACCACUACAAUCCCGAUUGCUAUCAUUAUUGUGUGAAGAUUAUGGUAGCAAACAUAAAACACUGCUGCUCCAUAUAGAAGUGCGAUGGCUGUCUCUGGGUAAAACUUUAACAAGGCUAUUUGAACUUUAAGCCGAGUUACAAAUGUUUCUUCCAGAUACUUCUUUUAAUUUGAAAGACCGUUUGUAUGAUAAAACUUGAUUAUCCGACUGUCUUUCAUGGUGGAUAUUUUUCAAAAACUGAACGAAUUAAAUUUAUCAUUGCAAGGUAAACAGACAACAGUGUUCCAGGCCUGUAACAAAAUAACUGCCUUUAAAAGAAAAUUAGAUUUUUGGAUUAUUUGCGUUAGUAAGAGAGAAAUAGAAAGCUUUACGUUACUCAGUGAGUUUGUUAGCGAUAACGACUCAGAAAUGUUUCAAGAUGAUGUAUUUGAAGAAUUGGUCCAAUAUCUCACUUCGAUGCGCGCAUCUUUUGAGAAGUAUUUUCCCGAAGAACAGAAUACAAAAUUGAAACUGAAUUCAUGGAUUCAUAAUCCUUUUUUACCCACCUUGCAAAAGCCCGAAAGUAUGUCAAAUGAGAUAUAUGAAUCUCUUUUAGAAAUGUCAUCAGACACAAGUAUGGAGUCAUUGUUGAAAACGACAUCUCUCAACGAUUAUUGGUGCAGAAUCCGUGAUGAAUACCCAAUGCUUGCCAAAAUGGCUCUGAAUAUUCUUCUUCCAUUUCCAACAACAUAUUUGUGCGAAACAGGAUUCUCAACCUUUGCAGCCACGAAAACAAAAUACCGGAAUAGACUGGACGCCGAACCUGAUAUGAGACUUCAACUGUCUUCUAUCAAACCUGUUAUCAACCAAUUGAUGAAAAAUAAAAAACAGUUUCAUACCUCCCAUUAGUUAUUUUUUUUCUUUUUUAAUAUCUUCUAUUUCUAUUAUUAUACUUGUUAUGUAAGUAAGUAAUAAGUAUAUGUUACAUUUUACGUUUAUUAUGCUUAUUAAUAAAGAAUAUACUUUUAGAGACUAUUGUUUUAUUGUAGGGUUCCGUCAAGUAUUUCGCUUUCCAAAAGGGUUCCGUCACUAAAAAAGUUUGAGAACCGCUGAUAGGUAUAGAUUAUAAAUAUCAAGAUAUUAUUAAUGAACUUAACAUUGAUAAUUUUACAAGGACUAUCCAAAGAACUACAUAUUAUGACCGGGAUAAGACAGGGAGACCUACAUAUUCAAAAUUAUCAUGGACACAAUCUUAGAAAGCGUCAACGAGGUUAAUGCAUGUUACAGAAUGGAAGAUCGAUCAAUAAAAAUGUUAUGCGAAUGAUGAAGUACUAGUGACAGAGAAUGAUCUACAGCACCUACUAUACAGGAUAAAGAAAACGGCAGAUAAAUAUAAGCACGUGACUCUAAAAAGAGUCAAUAGCACUAGAUUAAAGGAACACAAUUUAGGGUAACAUGGAAAUUCAAUGUUACUUUCAAUAUUUAUCAUUGUUCUUAACACUGAAUAUAUUGUCCAAAGAUUCGAGGGCCUUUUUUUUCUAUAUUUCUUUCAAAUAAGAUGAUGAGAUUUUCUGAUAUAUUUCUAACACCGUUUACCAGAGUCCAAUUCAUGAACUUUUUAUAACAAAAUUCAUAUUUACUUUUUGAUUUUUGAGUUAAUAAUAGAUUAUACGUCUUCUUUGCGGUUAAUCGAAUAUCUGGUGGAGUAUUAUUUAUUGAUUCAUCACUAAAAUCACUUAUUUUUUACAAAUAUUUUUCUUAAAAACUAUAGAAAUAUUUUGACAAUGUUUUUUUAAAUUGUAACAAGAAAAGUUGACAAGUACUAAACUCAAAUGUUGAUUGAUAGAUUUCAAAUACAUUCUAAGAUGAAAUUAUAUCCGAAAUGGCCUACAAUUCCAUUCUGUAAAUUGUGCAGAAAAUAGAUAAUAUACAUGUGUGUGUAGAAAAAAGUUUCAUAUCUGAUGGUUACAAGUUAUGCUUUAUAUUAGGAAUAAUUAUUUCUCGUAAUAUUGAUAAAUACAUUUCUCACAAGGUGCGAACGUACAUGGAUACAAUGUAUAAAUUUUUAUUUGUUGAUUAUCUGCCAAUUAACACACACAAAUAAGCAACUUGCUCCUUGUUGCCUAAUUUUCUUGAAAAAAUGAAAA